AUGCGCGCUCGGGCCGCGGCCAUGUUUCAACCCCCGGUGUGUCGACCGGAUUGGAACAGCUGGAUUCUGCUGCUGCUGCUGCUUCUCUACGGCUCCUUCAAGGCCGCUCAGGCCGCGAAACCCAAAGGGCCGGGACAAACGCAUUUGAACUCCAUCCGCAUCGACGGGGAUAUCUCCUUAGGUGGGCUGUUUCCGGUACACGCUCGGGGCCACGACGGCAAGCCGUGCGGGGAGCUAAAGAAGGAGAAGGGCAUACACAGGCUGGAGGCCAUGCUCUUUGCCCUUGACCGCAUCAAUAAUGACCACAACCUGCUGCCUAACAUCACGCUGGGAGCGCGCAUCCUGGACACCUGUUCCAGGGACACGCACGCCUUGGAGCAGUCGCUCACCUUCGUGCAGGCUCUGAUCGAGAAGGACGGGACAGAUGUUAAAUGUCUGGGCGGGGGAGCGCCGAUCAUCACCAAACCAGAGAGGGUGGUGGGCGUCAUUGGAGCCUCCUCCAGCUCCGUCUCCAUCAUGGUGGCAAACAUACUGCGCCUGUUUAAGAUACCGCAGGUGAGCUACGCCUCCACCGCUCCAGAGCUCAGUGACAACACCCGCUACGACUUCUUCUCGCGUGUCGUGCCCCCAGACACCUACCAGGCCCAGGCCAUGGUGGACAUUGUGAAGGCCAUGCGCUGGAACUACGUGUCCACGGUGGCCUCGGAGGGGAACUACGGAGAAAGCGGCGUCGAUGCCUUCAUUCAGAAGUCUCGGGAGGACGGGGGCGUGUGCAUCUCCCAGUCCGUCAAGAUUCCCCGGGAGCCCAAGCAGGGAGAGUUCGACAAGGUCAUCCGACGCCUCCGAGAAAACCCAAACGCAAGAGUCGUCGUACUUUUUGCCAACGAAGAUGAUAUCAGGCGGCUGCUCCACGCGGCUAAAAAGGCCAACCAGACAGGUCAUUUCAUCUGGGUGGGGUCGGACAGCUGGGGCUCAAAGAUCUCUCCGGUUGUGCACCAGGAGGAGAUGGCGGAGGGAGCCGUCACCAUCCUGCCCAAGCGGCAGUCCAUCAAAGGGUUUGAUCGUUACUUCAUCAGCCGAACGCUGGAGAACAACAGAAGGAAUAUCUGGUUUGCUGAGUUCUGGGAGAACAACUUCAGCUGCAAGCUCAGCCGUCACGCCGUGAAGAAAGGGUCCGGGCUGAAGAAGUGCACAAAUCAGGAGCGGAUAGGAAAGGACUCGAACUACGAGCAGGAAGGAAAGGUGCAGUUUGUUAUCGACGCCGUCUACGCCAUGGCUCACGCCCUGCACGACAUGCACCGGGAGCUCUGCCCGGGGAAGGUGGGCCUCUGCGCUAAAAUGGAUCCCAUCAACGGCACUCAUCUGCUGAAGAACAUCCGCCGUCUGAACUUUGCAGGCAUAGCUGGGAACCCAGUGCUCUUUAAUGAAAACGGAGAUGCUCCUGGACGAUACGAGAUCUACCAAUACCAGAUCAGAAACCAAACGGCCGAAUACAAAAUAAUUGGCCACUGGACGGAUCAACUCAAUCUCAACGUCCGCACGAUGCAGUGGCCCGGCGGUGUCCGUCAGAUCCCUUCCUCAAUCUGCAGCCAUCCCUGUCAGGCCGGCGAGCGCAAGAAGAUCGUGAAGGGCAUGCCUUGCUGUUGGCACUGCGAGCGCUGCGAUGGCUAUCAGUACCAGGCAGACACCUACACGUGUAAGAUGUGUCGCUUUGAUUUACGGCCCAACGUCAAUCGCACCGGCUGCGUCGCGAUCCCCAUCGUCAAGCUGGAGUGGAGCUCUCCGUGGGCAGUCUUCCCCGUGCUGAUCGCGGUCGUCGGCAUCAUGGCCACCGUGUUCGUGGUGGUCACGUUCAUCCGCUACAACGACACCCCCAUCGUGAAAGCGUCAGGCCGAGAGCUGAGCUACGUGCUGCUGACUGGCAUCUUCCUCUGUUACGCCACGACGUUCCUCAUGAUUUCCACCCCCGAUGUGGGCAUUUGCUCCCUCCGGAGGAUCUUCUUGGGUCUGGGCAUGAGCAUUAGUUACGCCGCCCUGCUCACCAAAACCAACCGCAUCUACCGCAUCUUUGAGCAGGGCUCCAUGUCCGUCAGCGCACCCCGGUUAAUUUCUCCGGCCUCCCAGCUGGUCAUCACGUUCACCCUGGCCUCGGUGCAGCUGCUCGGGGUGUGCAUCUGGUUUGGCGUGGACCCCUCCAAGGCCAUCAUAGACUAUGAGGACCAGAGGACCUCUAACCCGGUGAUGGCUCGUGGGGUGCUCAAGUGUGACAUCUCUGAUCUGUCUCUCAUCUGCCUGCUGGGCUACAGCAUGCUGCUCAUGGUCACCUGUACAGUCUACGCCAUAAAAACCAGAGGAGUGCCGGAGACCUUCAAUGAGGCCAAACCCAUCGGUUUCACCAUGUACACCACGUGCAUCAUCUGGCUGGCCUUCAUCCCGAUCUUCUUUGGCACUUCACAGUCCACGGAGAAGUUGUACAUCCAGACCACCACGCUGACCAUCUCCGUGAGCCUGAGCGCCUCCGUGUCCCUCGGGUUGCUCUACAUGCCGAAGGUCUACGUGGUUCUCUUCCACCCCGAGCAGAACGUUCCCAAGCGCACACGCAGCCUGAAGGCCGUGGUUACCGCCGCCACCAUGUCCAACAAGUUCAACCCCAAGGCCGGACUCAGACCCAACGGAGAAGCCAAGACGGAGCUGUGCGAAAGCCUCGAAACACAAACUUUCCCGACAAAGCAAACCUACAUCAGCUACAGCAACCACGCAAUCUAA